AUGCGGAAAAGCGGCGGGGCCGCUGUCGUUGUGUCGGAGGGGAGGCGGACGGUCGUCUCUCCCCGCGCCUCAGGUUUCCCUGGGUACUGGAAAAUACUGUUAGAGCACAAUGUCCCUCGACUUUGAUAGUGGGGCUCUGCAGACUCAGCAUGAAGAUGAAGACUAUGACCAAGAGGACUAUGCGAGAGAGCAAGAGUUGCAACAGCUGUUGACAGACCUUCCCCAUGAUAUGCUGGACGACAGUGGAGACCAGCUCUCCAGCUAUUCGGACUCUAGCAUUCAUGAGACUGAGGAGCAGUCACAGGAAGCUCGAAAGCCAGAUGGAAGGUGGAAUGAUCAUCUAUUGAUAACUGAUGCUCAAAAUGGUUAUGAGCAAGGACAAAAUCUGUACCCUGACCAAUUCUUGUGUGACCAGCAAAAUGACCAUGUUGAAAAACAUGCCAAGAAUUGGAAUGGCUUGCAUAACAGUGAUCAGAUGAAACAUUUAUACGAUGUGAAAGAAGAUUACUCUGGACAGAACAGUCAAGAAGAUGCAGAUGAUGUCUAUCUUGAUAGAGAUGGAUUUAAUGCUCCAGGUUGCUACCAGCAGAGCAAUUUAUAUCAUCUUCCUGAGAACUUCAGACCAUACACUAAUGGCCAUAAUCCAGAAUUUAACAGUCAACAGAAUCAAAUAAUAAACUUUCCCGAUGCUCCAAAGGAACAUCUUAAGCAGCCGUUUGUUACAUCUGAAGUUGUUAGUGGCCAGUCAGCAGAAUCUUACAAAGUGAUGUAUAAACCUUACCAAAAUGACGUUCAUAAAAAAAUUCCAGUAACCCAAGAAGGAAUGAGAAGAAACGAAGUGUAUGAAGAUUUGCAGCAUGAGUUCUCAGGCAAUGAAGAAAAUUCUUCAGAGAAUAUGCAGAUUCUUCAACUUAAAGCUCUAAAUAAAGCACGAGAGAGACGAGUGGAAGAACUUAAUGAAAAGCUAGAAAAGAGUGCACAGCAGAUUAGGUAUCUGAGCCAUCAGCUUUCAAUGGUCACAGGUGAAAAGGAUGGUUUGGCUGUUAGUCUUCAUGAAUCUCAAAAACUCUAUCAGAAUGGAAAAGAACGGGAAGUGUACCUUGAAGGCCAAAUAAAGGCACUUGAAACUCAAAUUCAGACUCUUACUACCAAUGAGGAGCAGAUAUUGAAGCAAUCCAGGGUGGCAGAAGUAGCCAUGGAAAGCAUGCAGAAGCAGCUGUUAGAACUUCAGCGAUCAGACACUCUUCAGCGAGCCAGAGAACAGCACGAUGCUGUUGUUACAGCACUCAAGCAGAAGCACGAGAAGCAAGUACUAUCAUUAGAGCAGAAACUUGAUACUACAAAAUCUGCACUACAAGAGCAGAAAGAGCUUUGCCAAAAUCUAGGAGAGCGUGUUAAGGAACUUGAAAAAAUGCUGGAAGAAACCAAAUGUGAAAAAACUGAAAUAAUAAAUCGAUUGACAAGAAGUCUUGAGGAAAGCCAGAAGCAGUGUGCAAACUUACUGCAAACAGGCUCCAUACAGGAGGCAAAUCAGUUACGGUUUCAGUUGCAACAAGCUCAGUCUGCGCACAUGAUAAGCAAUAACCUGAACAAGGCUCUGCAGGAUGAACUAAUGGAACUGAAGGAAGAAAUAACUUUGUAUGAAUCUGCUGCCAAACUUGGAGUAUUUUUGAGUGAUGCAGGUGGAGAGCUGCAAGCGAACCUCAGUGAUUCCUGUGUAGAUUUGGGGAUUAAAAAAGUCACCAUGAAUAACUCAAGGUUCUGCAGUAUAAUACAGAACAGAGACAUGGAUAAAGAGCUCUCUAAAGAUGAAAUUAUUGUAGAAUUAAAAGCUGAACUGGAACGCUUAUUGAGCAGUAAUAAAAUGAAGAGAAACCAGGUUACUCAAUUACAAAAUGAUCUUAAAGAUUGCCAGAAGAAGUUAGAAGAAUUCAAGCAGUUGUUGAAAGCAGAAAAAGCAUCAAAAGAUUUGGAGCCAGUGACAAAUCAAAACGAUGCUUUGGUGGCCAGUCUGUUAGAUUCUGAUAAUCUUAAGGAAGAAGUUUUGAGACUCAGAAAGGCAAAUGAAACUUUGCUUAGAGAAGUUCAGAGCCAUGCUUUGACUAUUGAAGAACUGAAAGAAAACGAGGAAAAACUGAAAAGCUCAAACCAGGAUCUCUGCUGUCAGAUGAGAAAGAUGGUUCAAGAAUUUGAUGAGGAUAAACAAGAAGCCAUUGACAGGUGUGAAAGAACAUAUCAGCAACACCAUGAGGAUACAAAAGCCCAGUUUGAGAAAGACAUGAUGCAGAGGUAUGCUGCAGAAAAACAGCAGCUUAUUCAAAGUUAUGAAGAGACAGUCUCGCAGCUGAAGGCUACCAUAGAGGAGCUGAACAGAGAGAUGACCACAGUGAAGGAAUGUUACAUAGCAGUGUGUGGUGAGAAGGACACCUUGGAAACUACUUUAAGACAAAUGUUUGCACGUGAGCAGCAGAUGAAAGAAGAUAAGCUCAAGAAACAGCUUUUAGAAGAAAAAGAAGAAUCACUUAGAAUUCUGAGAAGUGAGCUUGAGGAGAGAUACAGUAAUUCUAUUGCUGAAGCAAAGAGGCAGUGGCAGGAAGAAAAAGAAAUGCAGAUUGAGAAGGAAGUUGCAUUUGCCAAAGUGCACUGGGAAAAGGAAGAAAAAGAGAAGAAGGAAGACGUCAUUGCGAAGAUAGAAAGAGAGUGGCAAAGUAGGCUGGAAGAAGUUAAAAAAACUGUGUUUGAAUGUAAGGACUGCAGCAGUCAAACAGAUAGAGUAACAUGUGUGAAUGAUGCUUCAACUGACGAGUUAGCAAGGAUUGUUGAGGAUCAGAAGCUGCAGAUCCAGAAGGCUCUGAAAGAAAAAAAGGCCUCUGAAGAGGCCUUAAAAGAACUUGAAAUAAAACUCGAAAGUAAAUACCGUAAACGUCUUGCCAGCCAGGUUGAGGCAGCUUUAACCCAAGCACAUGCCAGGUCGCUGCAGGAAUUAACAGACCUCAAAGAGUACAAGUUGGCUUUGGCUUUCUCUCCUGAUGAAGAAAAAUGGAAGAAUGAGCAUGAGAAUCCAGAGAAAUCUGGAUCAAUAGUUAGAGAACUUGAGGAAAAGGUAGUUUCUCUCAAGAAAGAAUUAGAGCUAAAGGAAGAAGAAAUCCCUGUGACUAUCAAAGCAGCAGUGGCGAAAGCCCGUGCUCAGUGGAACAAAGAAAAGCAAGAAGAAAUUGCACAAAUACAAGAGCAAAAUGAGAGAGACUACCGAUCAUUCUUAGAUGACCACAGAAACAAGAUUAAAGAGGUACUUGCAACAACAAAGGAGGAUUUUGCAAAGCAGGUGAAUGAUCUCUCUGCUCAGAAGGAGGCAGAAAUGAAGAUGUUGCUGGACCAAAAGCAGCGAGACUGGGAGGCUCAGGAAACAAAAAGACUUCAGGAUGAAAUUAAUCGGUACGAGGAGAAGACUCUGCUUGAGCUCGAGUGUUUGUUGAGAGAAGUCCAUGAAGAGCUAGUUAAAAGCACCUGUAGUCAGCAUUCCUGGGAGGAGAGGAUUUCUGAUGCUCCUGUUGAAUUAAAUCAUCAUUGCAAGGACAAACUGAAGGCAUGCCUACAAAAGGCCUACAGAAGGACAGUUUACAAAAUUCUGGAAAAGCAUGAGCAAGAGUGGAAAGAGAAAAAUGAAAAGGUACUGAAUAAUGCAAAUAAAGAAGCCUGCUCCAGCAUGCAAGGAGGUGAUGGAGAAACUGGGAACAUAGCAAGAUCCCCUUUUUACAACAUUGGACAGCAAUCAGAAACACAAAGAAGGCUGAAGAGACGGCAUAAAAGUGGGACAGAUGGAGGUAUUGAGUUUGUUUUCACUCUGACAGAGCUGAAUGUUAUCCAGUUAGGCUUGAUAGGCUUGAACUUGUGA